AUGCCAAGGUUCUCUAACAUGGCUAAAUAUACGCCCAAGAACAUCCUCAUCACUGGUGCUGCUGGAUUCAUUGCCUCUCAUGUUGCUAACAGGCUUGUCCGUAAUUACCCUGAGUACAACAUUGUUGUGCUUGACAAGCUUGAUUACUGCUCAAAUCUUAAGAAUCUACUUCCUUCCCAAACAUCACCCAACUUCAAAUUUGUCAAGGGGGACAUUGGAAGUGCUGAUCUCGUCAAUUUUCUCCUUGUCACUGAAUGCAUUGACACGAUUAUGCACUUUGCGGCCCAAACCCAUGUUGAUAAUUCAUUUGGUAACAGCUUUGAGUUCACCAAAAACAACAUUUAUGGUACCCAUGUCCUUUUAGAAGCUUGCAAAGUCACUGGCCAAGUCAAAAGGUUCAUCCAUGUAAGCACCGACGAGGUCUAUGGAGAAACUGAGGAGGAUGCUGUUAGGUACUUCCUCGACGAUGAGAAGUUGAAGAUCUUGGGAUGGUCAGAGAGGACUUCAUGGGAAGAAGGCUUGAAGAAAACAAUUGAAUGGUAUACUAAUAACCAUGAUUGGUGGGGCAAUGUGUCUGGAGCAUUGAUUCCCCAUCCUAGGAUGCUUAUGAUGCCUGGUGGAAUAGUUGAUGGGGCUGAGAACUACAAAGAUGAAUACUCUCAGUUCUCAAACACCUCUAAUCAAAGCCAAAUGGUGGUGGUACCAACUUCAAAGAACUCAAAUACUUCUGAAAAAUUACCUUUUAAAUUCUUGAUUUAUGGUAGAACAGGGUGGAUUGGUGGUCUACUGGGGAAACUAUGCCAGAAACAAGGAAUUCCUUAUGAGUAUGGAUGGGGGCGUCUUGAGGAGAGGUCACAGCUCUUGGCAGAUAUCCAAAAUGCUAAGCCCACUCAUGUUUUUAAUGCUGCCGGUGUUACUGGAAGACCAAAUGUUGAUUGGUGUGAAACACAUAAGAUAGAAACCAUUCGUGCCAAUGUUUCUGGUACACUAAACUUGGCUGAUAUUUGCAGAGAAAAUGGGCUUCUGAUGGUGAAUUUUGCUACUGGAUGUAUAUUUGAAUAUGAUGCAGCUCAUCCACAAGGUUCUGGCAUAGGGUUUAAAGAAGAGGAUAAACCCAAUUUCACUGGCUCUUUCUAUUCAAAGACCAAGGCCAUGAAACCUCAAAUUUCUGUACAUGACAUGGUGAUGGGAAUCUCUAUGGUUGAGGAGCUCUUGAGAGAAUUCAACAAUGUCUGCAACCUCAGAGUCAGAAUGCCUAUAUCUUCAGACCUUAGCAACCCGCGCAACUUCAUCACUAAAAUUACUCGUUACAACAAAGUUCUGAAGAAGGAAUUCCCUGAUUUGCUUCCCAUAAAGGAGUCCUUGAUCAAGUAUGUGUUCGAACCCAACAAGAAAAUCUGA